AUAAAUUCUAAACAUAAACUCAUAUGUUGUAGUCUUCAUGUUGCACCUUUAGAAGCUUCACUCGAAGUCUUCCCAAUUUGUUCCUUCUCUGGAACAUCGAGAAUCCACAUAAUAUAUGAGGAACUCGCCUAAGGAUCUCGCCUUUGUAAACUUGCUUAAUGAUUAUAUCUUCAAUGUAGUGUCUGACAUGGAUCAAUUACUUGCUUAUAUUCCACGUUGCUUAGUUUAUCCAACUCAGGAUCUCCUUAACUUAGCAUUAUCCCUCUAAGGAUCUCGGAACCUAUUAUGCAACAUAACUUAACCAAUUGUCAGGAGUUUGCGUUGUCAUCAUCAAAACUUUAGGGUCAACAAUAUUCCCCCUUUUUGGUGAUGACAACAAAAGCAAACUUUCACUAAAUGUAACAAUAAUCAAUUAGCCUAAAUAUAAAGCAAUAAAUUAAAUAAAGUAUUUUUAUAAAAAUUAAUCUAAACUUCCUAAAUGAAAUUAAGGAAAAUUGAAAUUAAUUUUAAUAAACGAAAAUAAAAUUAAAAACGAGAAGUAAAAUUUUAUAAACUUACAUCGAGAAGAGAGUAGUGAGACAGACUCAAGUGAUCAAUUUAAGUUAAGUUUGUAUUCAUUUCCCCCUGUUGGCAUUAACAAAAAGUAGAAAAAUACAGUACUAAUAUAUACCGAUUAUAGCGCCCUCCGAUCAACGGUUGGCAAACUAAGUUAGUCUCAAAGUUAAGUUCCAGCGUACUAAAUUCGAAUAUAAAACAUAAUAAUUAACAAGCAAAGUUUUUAGAGAUACGAUCUUUUAGGAGUUCCACAGAAAUAAAAUAAUAAAAAUCGUAUGUUUCCCAACAAAGGGUUACAUACCAAAAAGAAUAUAUAAAAAUAAAAUAAAAUUUCCAAAAAAAUCAAAAGCGUAAUGUAACACAAAUGGAUAGGAUCAGGGAAGAUGGCUUGGGUAUGUAGCAAGUUUAGGUUAGUCCUUUCUCAAGUGCAUAUCGAUCCAUAUCCUUUCUCAAUUUCUACUGCUUUCUUUAAUUCUUCCACUUUCUCAUCAUUAUCCUCAUUAUCAAAAGAUGUAUCAACAAAACACUAGAGGAAAAAUUCUUAUAAGUGGCUCAUCAAAGGUUGCCCUAGUACAACAAGAGCAACUUUUGAUGGUUAAAAAAAAUAAAAUAAAAUAUUAAAUCGUUAAAACUUUCCCUCAUUUUGACAUAAGCGCAACUUUAACCUACUCCGUACUCUCGCAACCAGCUUCUUCUCUUCUCUCAAGCUCGGAGUCACGUACUCCAUAAGCCUCCUUCUCUCGUGCAAGUCAGCCCCUCCGGCCACUAUCACCGCCCACCAUCACCACCGGCUCCUCUCCUCCAAAGUCCGGCCGUUCUUCUCCUCCAAAAUUCGCAGUGCUGGCCUCCAGACUCCGGCCGUUCUUCUUCACCGGCCUAGCUGCGUCCUCCUCUGCGUCAUCUUCACCGGCGACGAGGGAUGGACUUGAUGCAAAACUUCCAAGAAUACGCGGCUGAAUGCCAACCGAACUAGGAUGCAACAGUAAAACAAGAAUAUAACUCUGGGGUAUAGCUCCAAAUACAGAAUCUAAAAGUAGUCAAAGCUCCUUUGACUGCAAUAUAUGCUUUGACGUAGCUCAUGAUCCUAUUGUCACAUGAUGUGGUCACAUAUACUGUUGGGCAUGUAUUUUCAGGUGGCUCCAUGUCCAAAGCUUCUCCUCUCAGCAAACUCACCUGAAGGCUUGCCCUGUUUGUAAGGCAAACAUCUCACAAACUUCAUUGAUCCCCCUUAACUUCCUUCCUACAGUGAAGACGAGGCGAGGAAGUCCCAUCAUGAUAUUGUCCCUCCAAGACAUGCUGCGAAUUCUCCUUCAAAUCAAUAAAUUCCCUCCAGUCCUUUCGAAUCACAAUACCCAAAGUUUCUUUAUGACUCAAUAUGAUAUUCAAAUUAUUUAGUCCUAUUACAGAUGGGUUUCUUAAUCCCACGAUUGGAUUCGGAGAGUUGGUUUACACAGGGAUUCUUAGAAGCGUUAAUACAAACUUGUUCACCUCCCCUCAUCCGAAUUCUUAUGUUAUUGUUACGCAUAGCAAUCCUUGAAUGCGGUGGCAAGAACUGCAGGAAUGUGGUUGCAUUUAGUGACGGGAUACCAGGAAAAAGUGCAGGUAUACCGUAUUUCUACUUGACAACACUUGAUCCCACCGCAGCAAAUGCUUUGAAGGACCAAAGAUCCUCAUUUACAAUCAGUGAAUACCCUAUCGGGACUUGUGGAGAAACAGAUCCUGAAAACCCUACUUGUGCAAAAGUUACACUCACAGGAAAGGUUGAAAAUGGGAAGGCGCAAGCUGCUAAUUUUCCUUCUUGCACAAUAGAGCCAAACAUAGGAACUGUUGCUGUUCUAGACCCAAGAUUGCAUGUGCUUUCCGAUUUAAGCAAAUCUCAGAAAAUGGAUAUUGCUGGAGGUGUGAAGGGGGCCAGUUACGGAGAGGUGCUUAUUAUUUAUAUUACUGGAGUUCGUUAUAUCAUGAAUAAUUGAUUAUUUCAUGUAACCUUUCGAAAAUAAUUGAUUGUUUCAUGUAACCUUCCGAAAAUCCCAACUUGCAUCACUGAAAUUUAGAGAAAUGUGUAGUCGUUUUUUCAGUGUCUAACGUUCAUGCACAGACCCGUACCUGCAGCUAUGUUGCUGUCUUGUUUGUUUUUGCUUUGGUGCGUGCAAUGACCAAUGUAUAAAAAGGCUCAAGGCGCAACAAGGCGAUUUGGAGUUCCCAGCGCCUUAGGCGCGCCUCGGUGCGCCUCAUUGAAGUGAGGCGCCCUAAUAAAAAGUGAAAAAAAAGUGAAAAAAUGGUAUGUCUCUUGGUAGGUGCGCCUUUUUUGCGCCUUUUUGCGCCUCAAAGUGCGCCUUUUUGCGCCUUAGGUGUGCCUCAUUGAAGUCGCCUCGCCUAGACAAUAAAAGGCGCUGGCUCCAAUCGCCUUGCGCCGCAGAGCCUAGGCGGGCCUUUUUAUACACUGGCAAUGACAGUAAUUUCACUAACGAUGACAGUAAAUGCACAAGCAAUGAUAGGAUAAGUUACGUAGCUGUUGUUCUUCUUGGUUGUGGCUGUUGUUGUGGUGCGCUGCUGCUGCAUUGGGCUAUAGGUGCUGCUGUUUUAGCUUGUGUAUAGGGCUGCUGCUGUCAUAUUAUGACUAUAAAAUCUGUUUUCGCUCCCAACUCUCAACUAAUGAACCAAAAUAGGAAUUAUUAACCCUUUACAUGUUUAAAAUACUUAGUAUUAGGUUGCCAAUCCUUAUUUUCAUCUACUUUGGUCAAUUUAUGCACAUUUAAGGUUCGUUCGAUCCUUACAUGUCAUAUUUUGACUAAAAUAGCCGUUUCCGCUCCCAACUCUCAACCAUAGAAAAAAAAGGCGGAUGCGGUCGCGUUCGCGGUAAAGGUCGCAUUUUCGCGGAAACCGCUUGUAACGGAAGAAUAGAACGGAUCGCGGCUGACGCGGUGUGAAUUUUUAGAAAAAAACCACAUUAACAUAUCUAAGCCUUAUUAUUACAUUUUUAGUCUAAAAAGUAUUAUAUCAACACAAUAUAACCAAAUCUAUCCUAAUAUAAGUGAGUAUUAUAUUUUGUGAACAAAUAAACACACGAAAUAUCAUGUUUCAUAAACUACAUAACUAAUUACAAAAAUAUUUUUGGUCAAUUUAUGUAAAGAAACGGUGUAACGGAGAAAAAAACGUCUAAUGCGGCGAGUCACCGUUACGUAACGGACGACGCGGGGAGAAAGACGUGAAUUUUUUCAAACCGUAACGCAACGGGUUUUCGCGGAACGGCGAAUCCAAAAUAGGUUACAGAACGGCCGUUACGUAACGGAACGGCCGAGUUUUAAUUCCAUGCUCUCAACUAAUGAACCAAAAUAGGAAUUCUUAACCCUUUACAUGUUUAAAAUACUUAGUAUUAGGUUGUCAAUCCUCAUUCUCAUCUACUUUGGUCAAUUUAUGCACAUUUAAGGCUCGUUUGAUCGUUAUAUGUCAUAUUUUGACUAAAAUAAUCGUUUUCGCUUCCAACUCUCAACCAAUGAACCAAAAUAGGAAUUCUAAACACAUUUCAUGUUUAAUUCACUUAGUAUUAGGUUGCCAAUCCUCAUUCUCAUCUACUUUGGUAAAUUUAUGCACAUCUAAGGCUCGUUUUGGUCAUUAUAGGUCAUAUGUACCUAUAUCGAGUCAAAUGAGCCUUAGAUGUGCAUAAAGAACUUAAAAUGAAUCUUAGUAACCUCUAAAUAAGCAUAUAAAACAUAAAAAAGGUUUAGAAAGUGUCCGUAGGUUCAUUUGUUGAUAUUUGGAUCGAAAAUGCCAUUUUGAGCCAAAUAUGACCUAUAUCGUCCGAAAUGAGCCUUAGAUGUGCAUAAAGAACUUGAAAUGAAUCUUAGUAACCUCUAACUAAGCAUAUCAAACAUAAAAAAAGAUUUCGAAAGUGUCAUUAGGUUCAUUUGUUGAUAUUUGGGAUCGAAAAUGCCAUUUUUGGGCCAAAUAUGACCUAUAUCGAGCCAAAUGAGCUUUAGAUGUGCAUAAAGAACUUGAAAUGAGUCUUAUAAUCAUAUAACUAAUCAUAUGAAUCAUGAAAAACGUUUAGAAUAUGGAAAUAGGUUCGUUUGUUGGUAGUUGGGAUCGAAAAUGCCAUUUUUGGCUAUAAAUGACCUAUAUCGACCCAAAUGACCCAUAGGCGUGCAUAACGAAUUUGAAAUGAGUAUUAUAAACAUAUAACAAAUCAUAUGAAUCAUGAAAAGUGUGUAGAAUUUGAAUAUAAGUUCGUUUGUUGAUAGUUGGGAUCAAAAAUGCCA